AUGGAAACGCUUCGCGCUCGAUCAGUGUGCACGCUCGUUUUCUCUGCUCAGUCGACGGCAGGCGUCGCGGGAUCCGCGGUUCCGCGAGGUUAUGCUUUUGUGCUGUUUAUUGUUCGUUCUUACACAGCUACUGCGGAGCCAAUACGACGAGGCAUUUCGACAUCUGCAGUGUGGGUUGAGAAUUCUGAAUGGGGUUCAGGAGGAUACCUCGAGACGCAUGUUGAGCAGUGCAUCAUCGCAGCGUUUACGAACCUCGAAAUUCAGUCCCUUCAGUAUGGGGCUUGCGAGGUUAGGCUGGGGAAUAACAGAGUCCAGCCGCAAGUACUCUCAUUUGCGGCUCCCAAAGUCCUUUCCAGCUUGCAAGAGGCACGCCGGUUACUCGACUCUAUCCUGGGCGCGGUGUUCCGGUUCCUUACAAUAUGCGGCGGCCUGUCGGAAGAGGAAAUCCUCUCGGACUACGCAGCACUACACCAGAAGCAACUCGAGCUUCUGUCCCAGUACAGCGAAUUCGAAACGAGCUUUGACUUGUUCUGUGCGUCAGAACCUUGA